CAUGCCCUGGUGUUGGCAACGUAGCAUUGCAUACUCCAAGCUGCUGAUGUUUAAACACGUGGUUAUGGGCAGCUUAGUUGCCUCCUGCCGUGGCCGGGGCUGCAGCCUGCGCCUGUCUCAUCUUGGCGAGUUCGACCACUCUGUCGACGGCCGGCAGGACAGCCUUGGCGGCGUCCAGCGCGCCAAAGCGCUCCACCCACGCCGCCAGGAGAGGGCCGAAGAAAGGCUUCACCCAAGCCUCCUGCAGUACAUCGACGAAGCAUUCGCCGACAUCGGCCGCUCCCUCCUCCCCUCCGACCCCCACCAGCGCGCGGUCGCUCGCUUCUGGGCCUCCUACAUCGAUGACAAGCUCGUGAUCCCAUGGGUGCGGUCGUUCAGGGGCAAGACGGAGGAGGAGAAGUCUGAGUGGAUGGAGCAGACGCUCAUCGCCGUGGAGACCCUGGAAGGAGCCCUGAGGGAGUGCCCCAAGGGCAAGGGCUUCUUCGGCGGCGACAAUGUCGGGCUCGUCGACGUCGUGCUGGGCAGCCUGCUCACGUGGGUGCACGCGGCUGAGGUGAUGUCCGGGGCCAAGAUGUUUGACCCUGCUAAGACCCCAUUGCUGGCCGCGUGGAUGCAGCGCUUCGACGAGCUUGCCGCUGCCAAGGCCGUCAUGCCGGACGUUAAUAGGAUGGUCGAGUUCAAGACGAGGCAGGCACAGGCCAUCUCUGUCGCUGCAGCUUCACAGCGUCAGUAAACUAAGCUGGCAUUAGGUGUUGGAACUACUAGGAAUACCCCUGUACCCGUUAUGUGAUGAUUUAUUUUCCAUAUUUGC